AUGAAUACGUUUACUGUUAAACAAGAGUACUAUACAGGUAAUUAUAAAGCAGUUUUAAAAGAAGUUGCAAAGUAUAACAAGACUUCUGAUGAAACUUUGUUAUUUUACAAAACCAAGGCGGAAAUAGCAUUAGGUGAGUUCGAGCUCUUGCCAGAAGAUGGUAGCUCCUCUUCUUUAACUAAAGUUAUUAAUAAUUAUGCAGCAUUCAUUAAGGAUCAUAAAAAAUUGGCAAAUUUACAAAAGUCUAUAAAGGAUUCAUCUUUAUAUGCUAUAAAUUUGUUAGCAAGCGCUUAUUUUAUUAAUGGGGAUAUAGAAGAGAGUUUAACCACAUGCAUAGACAAUUUAGAUAGUGCUAAUGUGCCAGGUUCCUGUGAAUUAUUAUUAUUGGCCAUUCAAGUUGCUUUGUUCAGCGGUGAAGUUAAAAAGGCUUCCAAUUUAUAUUCCAAUUUUGUUUCUAAUAAUGAAGAAUAUGACAACGAUAAUGAAAUUAUUAUUAAUUUUUGUGAAUCAUACAUUAAUUUUGUGUUGAACAAAGAAACAACUGAAGGUAAUUUUUAUUUUUUUGAAGAUAUGGUCCAUACACAUCCAUCUUAUAAAACCAAUUUGGGAUUAUUAAACUUACAUUUACAACAAGGUCAUUUAGAAGAGGCGUCGAGCAUUGUUGAUUUAUUAGAAAGUGAGUUUUAUGAUUUGGAAAGACCACGCUUUUUACCUGAUUUGUUGUCUAAUAAGAUUGUGUUAGGAUUACAAAAGGGUGAAAAUGUAGAUGAUAUUAGGGUCCAAUUAUUAGAAUUGGAUUCAAAUCAUUCUUGGUGUAAGGCCCAUACUGAUGUUGAGCAGAAGAUGUCGGUUAUUAUAAAUAAAUAUCAAAUCUAA